AUUAACAAACUUAAAAAUGGGCAGCUUAGCGCUGAUCACUACGCUCUUAAUCCUUUCGGUGAUCGGAGGGGGCUCCGCGGUGGAAUACAGCGUGACGAACACCGCCGAAAACACUCCCGGCGGCACCAAGUUCAACAACGUCAUCGGCGCGGAAUACAGCCAGCAAACACUCGCUGCCGCCUCCGAUUUCAUAUGGGGUAUCUUCCAGCAGACUAACCCUGCCGACCGAAAAUCCUUCGACAGAGUUAGCUUGUUCAUUGAUGUCUUUGAUGAAGUCGAGUUCAAGGAUGCCCCUGCUUAUGCUUCCAAUAACGAAAUCCAUGUUAGUGCCAGGCAUAUCAAUGAUUUUCCGGGCGAUGUGAAAGUGGAGUUCACGGGUAUCCUGUACCACGAGAUGACACACGUGUGGCAGUGGAACGGGAACGGGAACAGGGACGAGCAAUUAUUAUAUCUGAAUGAAGGGAUAGCAGAUUUCGUGAGGCUCAAGGCAGGAUAUCCGGCGCCAGGCUGGGAGGGGCCGGGAAAGGGCGACCGAUGGGAUGAGGGCUACAGUGUCACGGCAAGGUUCCUUGAGUAUUGCGACGGGCUGAAGAGCGGAUUUGUGGCGGAGCUGAACAAGAAGUUGAGAGAUAGUUACAGCCCAAAUUUCUUUCAGGACUUGCUUGGAAAGUCAGUCGACACUCUCUGGGCAGAAUACAAAGCUACAUAUGCCAAUUAAUUACUCCCUAUGUCUCGCUUUAUGAAUAAAAUAAUGUAAUAUAUUUUAACAAAAAUUCUAUAUAUAUAGUAUACUAUAAAAA